AGAAAGCCUUGAUUCCCUUCCAAAGUUGGGACUACGAAGCGCAGUCACGGUACUGCGUCCAGAGAGACCAAACUGCUGGUUGCGGACUUCGGAGACACCCAAAACGGGCGAAAACUCAAGCAUCACACUACAAAUGUAGCAUAAGCUACACCACAACCCGUCUAAUCAUCAUUGAGCUCUUGCCUGACCCAAUAUUUAUUUAAUUUUUUUUUCGAAUACACGAGACCAUCCCUUCGGCAGCUUGUGCCACACAGCACAAUUUGCAUAGAUACAGCAUACGACACAACCAGCCGGCUACGCGCGACUGGUAUUCAGCAUUCUUGCUCGACGCAUUGUCGACUGUCCCACUAUCACCACAUCUCACUGCAGGCAUGGCUAGCGUUUCGAAAGGCCUGCUCUCUCUUCGGUUAUCGUAUCAAAAUCCGCCCUCGCAAAUAUGCUCACGAUGCCUCCGUCGAGCGCAGCGCGUUCCACAUGUCGCAACUUUUCGCACCAACCAACAUCGUCUCCUUUCCGUCUUUCGUACUCUUCAACAGGCGCCAAAACCUAGGCUCAGAAAGCCACAGCUCCAAAGCGCAGAGAGUCCAAGCUCGUUGCCAGAGCAAUUAAACCGCACGCUCAAGGGCCCAACCGUAAUAUACGAGGCACCAUCACAUCGUACACUCAUUUUCGCCGCUUCUGGCCUAGGCGUCUUUUUCGUGGGAUAUGGCGUGCUUAAUGCGUUGCAACCUGGCGUGAGCUUCAUAUUCGGUUCUCCGCCGUCCAGAAAGAGCGAGGAUCGCCUUCAUUGGGUCAUCACGUCUGGACUGGUGUUGGCCGGCGUCGCCUUGACCGGAAUAGGCGUAUGGUGUUUCGGUGCGGCGCGCAAUCUGGUCAAGCGCAUCACAGUGAUACCGCAGGGCAAGGCUGGACCUUUACAGGCAACUGUCGAAGUGACAGGUCUCGUGCCGUUGCAAAAAAAAACACUCGGUCCGUUGCCACUCGAAAGUCUCACACUCGCCCGCAAGCUGGCAGAGAUUGCCCCCGCAAACUCUCCGCAAGAACGGGCCCAUCAAAUCAAAGAUGCGCCAGCGGUACUGCGACCCUUCUUGCGCGUAGGAACAUGGACGCGUCUGUUCUUUGACGAUACGCGGAAUGUGUUCUUCAGAGCUCCCUUCGUGACGUUGGCUGUUGACGGUCACGGCAGGUACACGUUGGAUUCGAGGGGAAGCGCUUAUCAGGGAAGUACAGGUCUGGAUCGCUUGAUUCCUGCCGAUUACUUGAAGGGCAAGUUCUGGGAUAGAACACCGAUAUGAACGGAAAAAUAUGGGACAACUCCCGCAAGUAAAAGCUGCAAUGUGUGCAACAUUGAGCUUCUAGGUAGGCUAACGGAAAGCUUCGAACCUCCGGAAUCUCGUCUUACCAUCUUCUGAAUUCCUUGUUUCGCAUUUGAGCCCAGGUACUCUAUAUAGCGAAGUCAAAUAUGAGGCUCAUCAAAUGCAUCCCCAUUUAUCGAACUGCAAGCCCUCGGUGGCCAAUUUAAGACUACACCAUGUAUGCAUCUAGAUAACCGGAUCACGUUUGACAUAACGAAGCUGAUCUAUUGAUUCACAUCGAAUCUUACAUGUACCCUAGUCUAAAUCGUGUUUAUUCUCCUUAGAUAUAUGUUUCUUUGAAUACAUCCAAAGACCUUUCGCCG